UAGAGUUUCUUUCCCUUUCUGCUCAGCAGUGAAAAAUUGAACUCUGCGAAAAGGAAAAGGAAAAGAAAAAGAGAAAAAUCAGCCACCGAUGGCAUUCGAUUGGAAAGAAUGCGACGCAGUGGGAUCAGUCUCAGACGGAAAGUUCGGCGAUGCAACCACCGCCGGAGGAGGCGUUGACGCUCGAGAGCGACACAAGUUGGCGGAGCGAGAACGGCGCAAAUCGAUGCGAGAGCUCUUUCUCUCCCUUCACUCUUUACUCCCACACGCUAACACAGUCCGGAAAGAACAGUCAGCAAUCCUCGAAGAGAUCAUCAAGUACAUCCCUUUGGCUGUCGGUCGCCUCCGAUCGCUUCAGAAUAGGAAAGACUGUCCAUCCUCUGUUUCAUCCAGGGAGUCGCCAUCUCCGGUGCCGCCGGUCCAAGUAGUGGACCAACACUCUGCUUCCUCUGACUCGGCGGGAUGUGACAUUCGAAUCGCGCCGGAGCCAUCGUCUUGUGUGUCGAUUCGGAUCAGAGGGGACCGAGUCAAUGUUUCAUUGAUUGAUACGAAUCCCAAGGGGACGUCACAGGUUCUCCCACUCUCUGCCAUAUUAGAUGAGCUUGAAGCUCAUCACCUUGAACUUGUUCGCUCUAACCAUUGCCGUGAUGGGAGCAAGAUACUUCAUCACACUGAGUGCAAGGUUUGUGAUGGGUUAGAUAAAUCCCCUGCUCUGUUGAAAGCGAGAUUACAAGAACUAGCUACCAAGCUUCACAGAUUGAGGAAGUCGUCUUCUUCCCUGAAGAGAACAUUUGACCAACUGGACUGACUGGCUGAUCAACCAAACAACCAACCAACCGCCUUCCUCGCCAGUCACCACUCACCACUCACCACUCCAUCCAUUCAUCUCAUCUCUGUAGUUUUUCCAAUUUUUUGUUUUUGUUUUUGUUUUGUUUUGUUUUUUUUUCCUUUGGAUGUGAUUUGGUUGGGUGUUGGCAUAUUUAACAGUUUAGACUCGGCUACUUCCUCCCCACCCCCAAGUUUCCUCCUCGGUGAAUCUGAUCUUGAACAGGAUUGAGAAAGUCUGUAAAUGAAAAAGAAAGCUUUCAAUCUUGAAUAGUAUUUGAGAGAGUUUUGAAGUUGGAACUUAGAAAUGGAUUAAAUUAAUUUGUAGUGCU